AUGACAGCAGCGACAACGACAACAACCCUCGGUCCCCUCGACCAGCUCGACGUGGACGAUUUCGCGCCCUCUAUUGGGAAGCCCAGCCGCCUGCCGUUCAACUACCCCUCGGUCCACUCGGGCUUCCGGAGCGACGACCUGGCGAGCGACAUGGACGCUUCGGACUCGGAAGCUUCCGCCGGUGGUUACAGUCCGCCCGCCUGGAGACGCCUCGGCAACGGCGACCGCAGCAGCGGCUUCUGGCGGAAAGGUGACGACCUCAACCACAUGUACGACGAUGACGGACAUGGCUUCUUCCGGGAAAGCAGCCCGGACUACGAGAGCGCCGAUGAGGGGGACGAGAUCCUUGCGCAGGCCAUCAGGACGAGGCUACCCACGGGGAGUUUGUCACCUGAGAAGGAGCGGAGUCCGGAACCAGAGUACCACCCGGCGCAGCAGCGCCUGAUCGAUAAGGUGGUGAAUGUAGAGCAAGAAGAUGAUGGAUUGGCUUUGGGCGAGCUGAAAGACAGGGUGCUAAGGCCAAGGGAUGUUGCAGAUAACUUCAUUCGCUUCGCUGUCAGGGCAGAAGUCCAGCACCGGACCGAACCUAUCGACACAGCCAUCAACUUCAUCCGCAGGAGAUUCCACGCCAUGACCAGGUCUUGGAGUUCCAUGUUUCUCUCCUUCGUCGUCGCUACCCUGUCGUAUGCAGCGCUCCGAUGGAUUUCACAGCCAGCAGCUAUGCGGCCGGUCCCAGACCUAGUCAAGGUUGCUGGCGUCGCCCGCUCCCUGGAGCCCCUGAUCUACUACUCCGAGAACGGCAUCCAGCAGGUCGGCGAUCUGCAGGCAACAGGCGUAGCCGUGUGGGAUCUCGGCGAAAGCGUACGAAGCAGCAAUCUGACCUCGGCGCCAAUCAUCGUCAAGGAGCUUGAUGAGCUCAGCGAUAGCCUCAAGACGCUGGCCAUCGAACUGACAAAGUUCUUUGCCAAUGUCGACGGCGACAUUGACGGCAUCCUAAUCGUAAUGGACUGGGCCCGGCGCGAACUUUCCCAAGUCCAGUCCCUCCCCACGCUUCCGCUUUCCUCAGCGUUCGACAACAUCCACAAUCUGCUCUCCAACGCCGGCAUCCUUGAAGACCCCGCCACCGGCCAGCCCACCCGCCUCGGCAUGCUCUCGACAUCCCUUUUCGGCCACUCGACCCCUCAGCGCACAAAGCAAACCCUGCAGCGCACAUUCAACGAGUUCCUCACCGUCCUCGAAGACGCCGUCGCGUCCGAACUGCAACACUCCCUCGCCCUCUUCGCCCUGUUCGAAGCAAUCGAUCACCAGUUCCUUAACCUAGCCCGCACCGUCAUCCGCGAGGCCUCGGUCCAAGACGAGGCCCAUACCGACUACCUCCUUUCCUCUCUCUGGACGCGCCUCCUGGGCCCCAAGAAGACCGAAGUAGCCAAGUACGAGCGCAAUCGCCUCCUCCUGCAAAACGUGCGCGAAAAGACGGUCCGCAACAAAGGCAUCCUCGUGGAGCACAACCACAAGCUUCUAGCCCUAAAAGCCAGCCUGGAGAAUUUGAGAAAGAAACUCGUCUCGCCUCUGGUCCGCUCCGUCAACAGCAGCACGCUCACGCUCGAGGAGCAGAUCCGCGGGCUCGAGGAGGUCGCCACGUACCUGGAGGGCGUGCGCAUGCGCCAGAAGGGGAAGCUGUUGGAGAUGCUGUACGGCGGGGGCAGUGGGAGCGGGAACGCCGCGAGGGCGCUGGAGGAUGGGAGGAGGUACGCUGCGGAUGGGAGGGCUGGCGAAAGGUAA